UGUUAGUAUUUGUAGCUUUAUUGUGCGUUCAGCAUGUAUCUAGCUCUACCAGUCGGGUACGAGAAGAUACAUACGAUGUUUUUCAUGGUAACAUUUUACAGUUGCCACAAGGAAUGGAACAGAAGUCGACCAAAGUAGACGACGCCAUGGAGUGCGUGUUCUCCUGCACUACUACAGAUUGGUGUCACUCGGUUAAUUUUAAGAUCAAACCUCUUGAAAACGGUCUUCAUGUGUGUGAGCUUCUCUCUUCUGAUCGGUUCGCAAACGGUACAACCAUAAAGCAAGAUAAUGGGUACCGUCAUUAUAGUAAAAAGAACAAAUGCCUUCAAGAGAAACCAUGUCGAAACGAYGGUCACUGCAUCUACUAUGAAGAUAUCCAUGACUAUCGAUGUGUUUGUGGAGAUGGUACCACAGGGAAACACUGUGAAAUAUUUGCCUCGUCUGAUAAUGUAUUCACGUUCAAUUCAUCURUGUUUGUCCUUGUGACCAAAAASAAAACAUGGGAAGAUGGACGACUUCAUUGCAAAACCUUUGGCGCCGACCUCGCAUCAUUUCACAACGAAUUAGAAAGCAAAACUGUUUUGCAAACUCUCCUAAAGUCAUCGCAGAAAAUUGAGUUUGGCCCCAAAGAGUCCUAUCUUGUGARGUUGGCAUUGAAUGGCAAAGAUAGCGGUUUGAGUCCUCAAAAUGGAGCCAAGUACGAGAAUACCGACCAAGGAAGCGCUUUGUACUUGGAUGGAGUCGAUGAUAUCGUCCUUGUUCCUAGAUUUCUGUCUCCAAGGGUCACAUUAUUAUUAGUGAUGACAAUGGCCACGCGAGCGCUCGAUCCUUCAACUUUAGAAUAG